CAGACUCUGGAUGAGAGGCAGGCAGUAAGAGGAGACAGUGACCAAGUGGCUCGGUGGGAUGGAAGAGAGUCGACUUGUCUCGCUCGACGACGGCGAAGUCGCUAAACCCAAUGCGAAUUUUUAUCUGAUAAGAUUAUCAGAAAUUUUCGCUGAUAAUCGUCCAACCUUUUUCGGACAGGCGAGAAGCGACUCCACCACAGCCACUCACGAUUGGCCUCGCCGGUAUGCUUUGGUAUAUUCAGUUCUCUGACUGUUGUCGGAUUCGAGGUCUAGAGUGACCUAGGAACUUUGCUGUGUCCACUCGAUGUGUCGGUUUGCACUCUUGUCAGGUGCUCCCAGUGCACUUCUCCAUCCACUCAACUCGCUGCAAAGGUAGGAGUCCUGGAUUGGACUAUAAAUCCACAUACUUGCCAGGAUGGUCGCUUUACUGCUCUGGAUGUCCCCUUCAACGCUCUCGCACGGGUUUUCUGGCCUGCCUUCGACAUGAAGACGCUAAGCUUGCUGCUUUUUCUGUGCGGCCUCUCUCGCGCCGUUGACAAGGAGACCGGCUGCCUGGAUGGCGUCCAAACGGCCGUUUCAUACCUCACUUUCAAUGAGACUGAUCCUGAUUACUAUGUUAACUCAUGUACCAACAAGCUUGUCGUGUAUUCGAUGUGGGCUGCUGCAAAGCUUUAUUGCACCCCUCGGGAAAUUGCAGCUGGCGAAAAGGAGUUUUCAGGAUACUGUGAGGAAUAUGGCAAUGUCGAACUCAUCCCAUAUGCCAAAGUGCUCCCAAUUCUCACCGACGAAUACAUCAAAUCUCUUCCAGUGGCCCAGUUUAGCGACAUUGAAGACUUCACUGUCUUUAAUACGUCUGUCCUGAUUUCGAAGUCCUUGUUCAAGGCUGGUAGAGACACUUAUGUGAUUUUCGACCUUGAAUACGUCCUCCAUCAAAGAUACGGGUGGGCUAUGUAUGGGUUCUGGGGUGGCCUACUGUUAAUCGGCAUCCUCAACCGUCUCACCACACAUUUCUCCCAAUCUCGUCGCCUAAAAGCCCUGGACGACGUCGAAGGAAGGAAGACAUCCUCUACUCAGAAAGGGCCUCGAACGGGAGUCGUUGCCGCUGUCAAUUCGGUUCAUCACUGGCUGAGGUCAAAUGUCAUCGUUCCUGCUGCGUUCGGCUCCCAUCACAACCGCCCCUUAUUCUGGUCUACCAUACCGACACGAAUGGAGACGAUAAUCGUCAUCUCCUUCUGGCUUAUGACAUUCAUCUUGUGCUGUGUCGGCUACCAUAUCUUCUGGCCCAACCUUUACUAUACCGAGCCUCAACAGGCCUGGCGUUACAUUUCCGAUCGCACUGGCAUCCUUUGCUAUGCGAUGCUGCCCUGGCUAUGGAUGUUCUCUGGACGAAACAACGUCUUCUUGUGGCUCACUGGCUGGAGUUUUGCAACUUUCAACAUCUUCCACAGGCACAUUGCUCGAUGCGCUACGGUGCUAGCGAUUGUCCAUUCAGUAGGAUGGUCGGUCUUGGAGGGUGGCUUUGGCUACUUCAGCGAGUCGUGGACGGAGCAGUACUGGUACAUGGGAGGAAUGGCAACAAUCGCAAUGAGCUUAAUCGUCCUCUUCUCUUUCAUGUGGUUCCGCGUCAGAUCAUAUGAGGUCUUCCUUCUUAUCCACAUCGCCCUCUCUGUGGUGACCAUUGUUGGCUUGUUUUACCACACUGCCAUAUUCGAUGGAGAGUACAACGGCUAUCUAUGGCCGCUGGUGGCAAUCUGGAGCUUUGAUCGAGCGGCUCGUCUGGCUCGGUGGGCGUACUGCAACCUACACAUCAGGUGGUCCGAGGCUGUUGUUCGUUCCACGGCCUCCGCUACCUACGACAAGGACGGCGACUUUAUCAGACUUGAGAUAGUGCCCGGGUCUCGGAUGCUCAAACCAGGACCUGGCCAGCACUAUUUCUUGUAUCAGCCCAUGACAUGGAAGGGUUGGGAGAACCACCCGUUCACUCUCGGAGCUUACGAGACCGUCACGGAGUCUGAUCCGGCCAGUGUCGCGAUGGUCAAUGCUGGUGCCGAGGACAGUACCGACAUCGAGGCACUUGCGGGUAAGGAUAUCGGGGUGGUCGCCGCCGGCUCAUCCUCCCCUACUUCCUCGGAUGUGACGCCCGAUCCAUCGCAGCACAAGCUUACCCUCGUCCAAGACAAGGUCGGCCGGCAGAAGCUCACCUUCCUGAUCCGGCCCUUUGGCAGCUGGACCAAACGUCUUCGAAACCAAUGUCUCAAGUCUCCCACCGGGGUCGUCACGCCGCAUCUAUUUAUUGAAGGCCCAUACGGUGAGCACAGCCCUUUGCACACGUAUGAAAAUGUCGUCUUCGUCGUCGGUGGGACCGGGAUCUCGGGGGCGAUGCCUUACCUGCAAGACCACGUACGAAGGACAAGUACCGAAGCACAGGCAUCACGCACCGGCGGGAAAGUGGCUACCCGCACGCGGGACAUCACGCUGGUCUGGGCGACCAAGCAGCCCGCCAUGCUCCGCAGCGUGGUAGCGCACGAACUGAAGCCGAUGCUUGGGCGCGAGGACAUCCACAUUCAUCUGCAUGCCACUUCUUGCCGAGAACCACGGAGCAGCAGCAGCGGGCCCGAUUCCACCGACGAGGACCACGCCGUCGUUGCCGGCGAUAAGGAGGUCGAUCUCAAGAGCGACCCGACCACCAGCAUCGGCGACGGGCUUGCCAUCUCGUACGGCCGGCCCGACAUUUCCGCAGCGAUCCUGAAGGUCGUCAACGACGUGGACAGCGCCGCUGCCGCCGGCGGUAGGAUCGCCAUCUUGACCUGCGGCCCGGGCGGCAUGGCGGACGAGGCGAGGGCGGCGGUGCACCGGGCGCUGAAGCAGGGCAAGCGCGGAGUCGAGUACUUUGAAGAGGCUUUCGGAUGGUGAUGUGGCGAGCGUCGCGUGUUCGUCGGUCGAUGCUCGCGUGGCAGUGAGAGGGGGAAGGACUACGGAGUACACACAUAGGAUAUAUAUAGAUAUCCAUGAAACCACUUGAAAACACUUGAAAGAGUUGUUCAGCUGGGAAUGGAAUAUAACCUCGCAACAUAACGAAGUGGUGAUGAUAUUAUCCGUCCUGUCAUAAUCCAUAUCAAGUCCUCUGCUGCAGUGCAGUCUGUCCAGAAGCCAGCCAA